UUUUAUUUUAUUUUGUCUUUUAUAACUUGCUGUUCGAGCUCGUCCAAAAUGCCAUCCUACCAGAGCAUGACUCGGAGACAGCGCGAGUGGUAUGACCGAGUCAAGAAUGUGAGCGGAUGGCUCCAACUGGACAACCAGGAUAUUCACUGUGAUGAUGCCGAGGCAAUUGUUGAAGCGCUCAGAGUCAACAAGAGCGUGACUGCGGUCAUUCUGUAUCAUAAUUGGAUUCGCGCUGUUGGAGCGCAAUCAAUUGCUGAAUUUCUCAAAGAGGACACGACGCUGACUUAUUUCAGUCUGUGGAGCAACCAGAUUGGCGAUGUUGGUGCGCAGGCGAUUGCGGAGGCACUCAAAGUGAGCAAAACGCGCGCUGCGCUCGAUCUGCACGGGAACAGCAUUGGCGAUGCUGGAGCGCACGCGAUUGCUGAGGCACUCAAGGUGAACACGACGCUGACCAAUUUAGAUCUGGCCGACAACCAGAUUGGCGACGCCGGAGCACUGGCGAUUGCAGACGCACUCAAAGUGAACACAACGCUGAUCGGCCUCGGUUUGACUGGUAACUUUUUCACCGAUGUCGGAGUCACUGCCGUCACGCAAACUGGCAAUACCACCUGUAGAUUUCGGGAUCCAUGCCGUCUGGAGGCGGGUCUCGAACGCCAGCGUGUUCCAUCGGCUGCCGAGUUGGCUCAGAUUGCAGCUCGUGCCGCAGCAAACGCUCAGCCGCUCAAUCUUGCAACUGAAGUCGAUCAGUUGCGGUUUUGGUUCGCCGCCAAAGACCAGACAAUCGCUGCCAAAGAGCAGGAGCUCGCUGGCAAGAACGAGGAGAUUGCGGCCAAAGAGCAGAAGCUCGCUGCCAAGGACCAAGAGCUCAAGUCAGCUCUGGAUCGGAUUGCCUUGCUUGAACGCAAUCAGCCCACCGUUGGAUCCACAUUGAGCUUUGAAGGUCCCAUCCCGCAAGUCCCUCUCGCAACUCUGGUCACCGCCACGAACAAUUUUGCUGCUGAUUCUCUGCUCGGGGAAGGAGCAUUUGGUCGUGUGCACGGCGCCAGCUUGCCUGGCCCUCGGGUUGCCAUCAAAAAGCUGUCGGCGGCAUCCCCUGCGGAAUUCAAGUCGGAACUGGACUCGUUGUCGAAAUUCCGCCACCCCAACAUCAUUACCAUCCUCUCUUAUGCAGAGGAAGGCGACACGCGCUGUCUGGUCUACGAAUUCAUGCCAAACGGUGCGGUUCGCGAUCGCUUGAAUCGCACAAACGACACUCCUUCGCUGACCUGGUCUCAGCGCCAUCGCAUUGCUGCUGAUGUCGCCCGCGGCAUGCACUACGUCCAGACAGCCUUCCCUGAUCACGCACUGUUCCACCUCGACCUCAAGACGGACAAUGUUCUUCUGGACGCGUACUUUAACGCAAAGGUGUCCGAUUUUGGUCUUGUUCGUGCUGCCCAGCAUCUCGAUGAGAAGAGCUACAUCCGCACUGACAACGUGCAAGGCUCAGCUCCUUACAUGUGUCCCGAGUUCUUUGAGGAAGGCCGCAUGACCAUCAAGACGGAUGUCUACGCCUUUGGCAUGAUUCUGCUGGAAUUGGUGACGGCCGAGAAACCUGGCACCAAGCUGAAAUCAAAGGCGCGAAAAGCCGCCAAGAGCCAAAAGCCCCUUGAAAUGCUAGACUCGACUCUCAAGCCAGCCCAAGCAGAGCUCCAGAGCGUCUGCAAGGUUGUCACUCUUGCCCUCGAGUGUCUUGAGGAAUCUGCCGAUGAGCGCCCAGCUUUUGGCUGCCUCCUUGUUUCGUUGGAUUCUUGAUGACAAAAGCGGGAAUUGGUGUGUAUUGGUGUUCAAGUGUAAUGUUGCAGAUCAAUGUUUGUAGAUCAUGUUCAAAG